AUGCUACCUAUAGACCAAUUGGAGUAUACAUUCACGCCUCACGUCCUGGAGGCAGCCCGAACUGCAGCCCCCAACGACCCCGAGACUCAAGCCAUUAACGUCGUGUAUCGUUUGUACAAUUCUCACAAAAGGUACACUGAUAAAAUGGAGCGUCAGCGCAAUGCACUUAAGCAGCAAAGAGAGAUGGAUGAGGUUGCAGAGUGCUCAUUCAAUCCACAGACGAGAGUGUCGCAGGUUAGCGGUGGUAAAAUGCGCGUAUACUCUAAACCAUUCCUGGAGAGGCAGGAGAAGUGGACUGAAAAGGUAAAGCGAAAGCGAAAACUUAUUGAGGAGCUGAACCAGAUCCGCGAAGAUGCUGAGUUACUGUUUUGUCCAGAGGUCAAUGAGCGUUCUCGAUACCUUGCAGAGAGAAACCCCCAGCGCCAUACUUUUACUGAUGCACACACUAGUACAGAUGUCCAGGAGUCACGAAAAGCUCCUCUCACCCCAUCCAGACAUGACGGUAUUCCCUAUGGGUACAUAGUACGAGAGAAGGGACUUCGGGGAUCCUCAGCUUCUAUCAGCAAGCCUGCUGCUAACUAUAUGACUCUUGCCGACCUCGCUGAUAUAGUUGAGCAAGAUCAGUGCUUUGGAUACCCCGAAAUAACUACGAAGGCUGCAACAUUGGAUAGGGUAGGGUACGUAUUUGAUAGGCUUUACGAUAUGAGCAAGCGCCAAAGAAGCACUAGUAUUGACGUUGCACCAAUUCCUCAUGAUGGCACACGUAAAGGAACACGAUCUUUGAGUGCAUCCGCUCAGACUUACCAGCGUCUUUACGAAAACCAUAAGGACAUUGCUGCCAGAAAGCACAAGCGCGAAGAGCAAUACUAUCAGCGCAUUACAUCAGGUGGUACCAGUGCCGAACGUUAUGGAGAGCAAUGGGUGCGGAAGCGCGAUGCUCUUGCACGUCGAGCAAUGCAGCGCAAGGGCAUCGAUAUAGGUAGUCCUUCACUUUCCCACAACCGGCCCAGUGAGAGUGUCUCGGACGACACACUUUCCAGUACAUCUACCCCUACUUUUGCCACACCUGCAACAGACCACCUUACCAGGCACUUUGUUGCCAUAAGAGACUCGCCAACCGAAGACUAUAGCAAACCUGAAAGUAGAAAACAGUCCACCUCUGUCCUCGAUCUAGAUCUCUUGGCCAAGGAGGCAGAACGCCUAGCCAGCCCUCGGCUAAGAUCCAAUGAACAUACCAGCAUGAGUGCAGACCUCACCGAUUCGCAGUUUCAGUUGAUUGGAUAUGGAGAGGAGCUUGACAUGGAGCUGGAGGCCAUGAACGACGCCAUAUCCAAGAGGACCCAGCAGAGAAGUGUGCUGAAGCAGAGCCCGGGACCACAACCUCGUUCACAAAAGCGUUCUCAAGCAAGUGUGCAGCAGAGUCAGAUGUCUGUUUUUGAUCGACUUGCUGCACUAAAGGCAAUAAAGGAUAAUGAGGAGGUGCAGAAAGCACAAGACGGGACUGCAAAACACGCUCCGAAAUGCCCCUCUGCUAGCGACGCGGAUACUGUUGCGUUUUUGGCGCGGAUGCAGCGCUAUACCGACAAAGCAAAGGCUAAGCAGGAGCAACUCCGACAAGAGGUAGAGUCUAAGCGCAACGAAGAAGUAUCAUUUAAGCCCGAUUUGACGCUGAGCAGGAUCGGAUCGUCACGAUAUAAGGAUCGGAUUGUAGGAGAUAUGCACGCUAGAGAAGAGCAAUGGCUUGCAAGGAAGAAAGCAAGACAAGAGAAGGUGAAGAUCGACAUGCUCGAAGAACGGAUCAGAAGGGAAGAGCGCGAAGAGCAACAGCUGAGAAGCUGUCUAGAGAACUCCAAAACACAUAACUUGAAACAGCUGCACAGAACACUCGUAGGAAAAAACGAGGAUGUGCUUAUACAUGGAUCUGGAAGAGCCUUUCCACGGAACGCCGACGAGCUUACCGCUAUGGCCGACCAAGUGGAAAAGGCAUGUCUUAUUUUAAAUACUCCCAGCCCACCUGAACAGUCGCAGACGGGCCGAUCGAUUCGACGCGGAAACACCUUCGGUCUUACGGAUUUGCUGCCAACAUCUGUUGGAUCCGCUAAGAGUCGCAUGGAGUCCGGGACAAGCCCGAACUAUGCAGCAUCAGGCACAGGAGAUCCAUCUAAUAAAACACUUACCCUCCUAUCCAGUAUAGGUAACGGAUCUGUUGUCAAUGCCUGCAACACAAUCGAUAGUAUCACUAAUCACAUAGCCCGAAUGAAAAAAGGGGCACAGUUGCGUACAGAACGGACGACGGGAUACUUAUGCCCUGAUGAAUGGCUCCUGAGUUAA